GUCCUGGGCAAGGUUUGCCCUGGUUUGUCUCGGACUCUGCCUCUCUACAGCCUUUGCUGUGGACAGAAGCAAUUUCAAGACGUGUGACCAGAGCUCUUUCUGCAAGCGUCAGCGGGCCAUUCAGCCUGGCUCUUCUCCAUACCGGGCCCAGCUGGAUUCUCUGGAACUUGGCCCUGAUGCCCUCACAGUCCAUCUGGUCAAUGAAGUGACCAAGGUGGUAUUGCUGUUGGAGUUACAAGGACUUAAGGGGAACAUGACACGGAUUCGAAUUGAUGAAUUGAAGCCACUCCGGCCACGUUACCGAGUACCCGAUGUCUUGGUGGCAGACCCCCCAACUGCUCGGCUGUCUGUGUCUGGCCGCGAUGAGAACAGCGUGGAGCUAACUGUGGCAGAGGGGCCCUACAAAAUCAUCCUGACAGGACGGCCUUUCCGCCUCGACUUGCUGGAGGAUCGAAGCCUCGUGCUCAGUGUCAAUGCCCGGGGACUCAUGGUCUUUGAGCACCAGAGGCUCCCAAGGAAUUCUUUCUCGGAAAAAGUUAGUCUCACGUUCGGUAGCAUAUGGGAUAAGAUCAAGAACCUUUUCUCUAGGGAGGAACAAAAGGAACCAGCUGAGGGGAAUGGAAGCCCAAAUGAGGAGGCUGCUGGGAAAGCAGACCAGCCAGAGGAGAACAGAGAAAAGGAUGAGAAGGAUGAGCCAGGGGCCUGGGAAGAAAUGUUCAAAACUCACUCAGACAGCAAGCCUUUCGGUCCCACAUCUGUUGGUCUGGAUUUCUCUUUGCCGGGAAUGGAGCAUGUGUAUGGGAUCCCCGAGCAUGCUGACGACCUGAGACUGAAGGCUACUGAGGGCGGGGAGCCAUACCGACUAUACAAUCUCGACGUGUUCCAGUACGAGCUAUACAACCCCAUGGCCUUGUAUGGCUCGGUACCUGUGCUCUUGGCACACAGUAUCCACCGAGACCUUGGCAUCUUCUGGCUCAAUGCAGCUGAGACGUGGGUGGACAUAUCCUCAAAUACAGCAGGAAAGACACUGUUUGGAAAGAUGCUGGAUUACCUGCAAGGUGGGGGGGAGACACCACAGACAGAUGUGCGAUGGAUGUCGGAGAGUGGGAUUAUCGAUGUGUUCCUGCUCCUCGGGCCCACAAUCUCAGAUGUCUUUCAUCAGUAUGCAAGCCUUACAGGGACCCAGGCCCUUCCUCCACUCUUCUCUCUGGGCUACCACCAGAGCCGCUGGAAUUACCGAGAUGAAGCCGAUGUGUUUGAUGUUGACCAGGGCUUCGAUAACCACGACAUCCCCUGUGAUGUCAUCUGGCUGGACAUUGAACAUGCUGAUGGCAAACGCUACUUCACCUGGGAUUCAAGCCGUUUUCCCCAGCCCCUUGCCAUGCUGGAACAUCUGGCUGGCAAAAGACGUAAGCUGGUGACCAUUGUGGACCCCCACAUCAAGGUGGACUCAGAAUACCGUGUACAUGAAGAAUUACGAUCUCAGGGACUUUAUGUCAAGACUCGUGAUGGAUCUGACUACGAGGGAUGGUGCUGGCCAGGCUCCGCUGGUUAUCCUGACUUCACAAACAUCAAGAUGAGAGCUUGGUGGGCAAAUAUGUUCAGCUUUGACAAGUAUGAGGGUUCUGCUUCAAACCUCUUCAUUUGGAAUGACAUGAAUGAACCAUCAGUGUUCAAUGGCCCUGAGGUCACCAUGCUCAAGGAUGCCCGGCACGAUGGAGGCUGGGAGCACCGGGACAUUCACAACAUUUACGGUUUCUACGUGCACAUGGCUACUGCAGAGGGGCUCAUCCAGCGCUCUGGAGGGAUGGAACGCCCUUUUGUGCUCGCCAGGGCCUUCUUUGCUGGCUCUCAGCGCUUUGGAGCUGUCUGGACUGGGGACAAUGCUGCAGAAUGGGGCCACCUAAAGAUCAGUAUUCCCAUGUGCCUCAGCAUGGGGCUGGUGGGGCUGUCGUUCUGUGGGGCGGAUAUAGGUGGCUUCUUCAAAAACCCUGAGCCAGAGCUGCUGAUGCGCUGGUACCAGAUGGGUGCCUACCAGCCAUUCUUUAGGGCACAUGCACAUAUGGACACAGGCCGGCGAGAGCCCUGGCUGCUGGCCCCCGAGUACCUUGGGCCAAUCCGAGAUGCCUUACGCCAGCGCUAUGCCUUGCUACCCUUUUGGUAUACCCUGUUUUAUCGGGCUCACCUUGACGGGCAUCCUGUCAUGAGGCCCAUGUGGGUACAGUAUCCAAAGGACGUGGCUACCUUUAGCCUGGAUGAUCAGUUUAUGCUCGGAGACUCUCUGUUGGUUCACCCUGUGGCAGAGCCUGGGGCCCGAGGAGUCCAAGUGUACUUGCCUGGUGAAGGGGAGGUGUGGUAUGACAUUCAGAGCUACCAGAAGCAUCAUGGCCCUCAGACCUUGUACCUCCCUGUCACCUUUAGCAGCAUCCCUGUGUUCCAGCGUGGAGGGACCAUCAUCCCUCGCUGGGAGCGUGUGAGGCGUUCCUCAGACUGUAUGAAGGAUGACCCCAUCACCCUUUAUGUUGCACUCAGCCCCCAGGGCACUGCCGAAGGAGAGCUCUAUUUAGAUGAUGGGCACACUUUCAACUAUGAAACCCAGAAUGAGUUCUUAUUCCGGAAGUUCAUCUUCUCUGGAAACACUCUCACCUCCAGCUCAGCUGACCCUAGAGGCCACUUUGAGACUCCGAUCUGGAUUGAACGGGUGGUGAUCCUGGGGGCAGGAAAACCUGCUUCUGUGCUGCUUGAGACUGAGGGCUUACCUGAAACCAUCCUGACCUUCCACCACAACGCAGAGACUUCCGUGCUCACUCUGCGCAAGCCUGAAGUCCAUGUAUCCACUGACUGGAGCAUCCAUUUGCGAUAGCCUGAGGAUUAGCCCUGCUCAAGGGUGGUCCAGAACAACCCCUCCCUCUGCCCCAGUCACCUUUCCAACCACAGCAGGGCCCAGAUGCUCCCUGAAGGAUUCACUGGCCAUAGGCUGGGCAGGGCCAGGGUGCUUCCCAAGUUGGGAAUCCCUCCUCUACUCCCCCAACCCUUCCCCUCUUUAGGAUCCCAGGGCCUUCUCCAGUUUCCUGAGGGGAGUAGUACCCCCCUCUCCCACUGCAGAUGGAGACAGUAGGGGACCUGAACUCUUCCUCCCCAGACUCUUCCCUUUAAUGCCUUGGUUGGAGGCAUCUGGACCCAAGGAUGCUGAUCCCCACUGUAACCCCGACUUCUCCUUUCCCCCUUUCGUUCCUCUCCUCUGGCUGAGGGAAGGAAAUUGCAGGUGACUCCUCAGCAGCCUUUCUAGUUUUCCCCCCACUGUUACACUGGGCCCACCCCCUACCCUGGUGGGGGGAUGAGUGAAGAUUGUUGGGGAGGCCCUCCCUCCCUCCUCCCAGCUCCUCUAGCCAGAGCUGCUGAAGUUCCUGGAGGGGCAGCCCAUCUCCUCUGCCCUUUGAGGGACAGAGAAGCCUCCACCCUCAGGGGGAAUCAGCCCCCAAAGGCCCCCCUUCUGGGGCAGGGCAGGGCAGGGCAGUGGGCUGGUGGACUAGGACAGACAAGCCUGACGUCGAGCCCGUCUCAUCCAAUCACAGCCCCGUGUAUUUAUUGCUGGCAGAACUGGGGCUGGGGCAAUGGAUCAUGUAUGCCCAUGGUGGGGGGCUCUGAGCCCUGAGGAGCGGGGGAAGGGGCAUCUUGGGGGACGUUUUUUACUUCCCCACAGCCCAAGCUGGGACAGAUUUUGAUAAACGGAAAAAUAAAAAGAACCGAAACUUGGAA